CGCGUCUUCGAUUCGAACUCGAAUAUUUUCGCGAAGAUAACCUCUGCGGGCUGUACCACUCUGAGUGCACCCAAGUAUUGCCCCACCGUCGAUCUCUGACUGUGUCUUUUAUCGUCUGUAAAAAUGCCUCCUCGCAAAGCCGCGCCUGCUGACCCCGACGUCGCCCCGCGUCGCUCGUCGCGUAUCACGGCCCAGCCGAAGGCUGAGGAAUCAACGAAGAAGACAGCCAAGAGGACCGCAGACGGCGACGCGGCGGGCGCGCGCAGGGCCAAAAAGGUCAAGGCCGAGAAGGACGCAGAGGCCGACGGCGCGGGGGACAAGCCUACCUCCCUCGUCCUGCCCUCCCUGACCCUCAAGAACGAGAAGGACGAGGAUGUCGAUGUCAGCGCCCUCGCCGCGAAGGCCGACCGCGGUGUCGUGCUCUUUCUCGUCCCGAAGGCGGAUACGCCCGGCUGCACCACCCAGGCAUGCGGCUUCCGCGAUGUCUACAGCGACUUCGAGAAGGAGGGCUUCCAUGUGUACUGCGUCAGCGCGGAUAAGCCCACCGCGCAGGCGAAAUGGCAGACGAAGAAAUCCCUGCCCUACUCCCUCCUCUCCGAUCCCGAGCGCACACUCAUCGGCGCCCUCGGCGCGGCUAAAGGAGGCAAGACGGCGCGCAGCCACUUCGUGUUUGGGAAGGAUGGGAAGCUUCUCGACCGCAAGAUGCCCGUUAAGCCGGUUGAUAGCCCGCGGCUGGCGCUCGAGUUCAUUCGCAACUUGAAGGCGGACGGCGCGGAUGCGGGUGAGGGGGACAAGGCAAACGGCGCGACCGACGGCAACAAGAAGGCAGACGAGGCUGCGGAGGCGGUCGCGGAGAAGGUAGAGGAGGAUAAGGAGGCGAAGGCGGAUGCCAGUGGUGGAAAGACUGAGGAUGCUGGCGCGAACGAGGGAUAGAUGCGAUGCCUCGUGGGCGGGUAAGGCUCGAAAGGACGGAGGCGAAAGCGACAGGCUUUCGCCGUAUUACCCGCUAAGAAAGGUGAUGACUCCUUGUCCUCCCUUCUGUGUACAAUAUCUUGUCGUAUAUAUCGCAGUGUAUCAUGCCUGUGUCUGUACUACCCUGGCGUUCACCAAUGUUGUGCAGUGUACUACUUACUGUCGACGCGUUGGGGGUCCAUCCGGCAAACGCCGAACGUGUCCAUGGACCCACACCGAUAUGCUUCCGUGAUCCCUGGCGUAGAAUCGACGCAGAGCUGUACCGUCCCUGCCGCGACCGCCUUAGGGGAUACUGUAGUCAAGAGAAUCUUUCAGAGCCGAUGUGCCUCAGAG